GCGCAGGUGUGUACCGUGUUCGCACUUCGCAGGGUGGCUGUGCAGCCUGUGCGCCGUCACCGUCACCGUCACGCGUCCAGCAAGGGCGCAAGUGGGAGAGGGAGGUGGCAAGAGAGCGAGGUGGUGGCUCCGAGGGAGCGAGAGACCAGAAAGAUUCCGAGAAAGGGCGAACGAAGUGGGUGGUGAGAGCGACCUCGCCGCGCCGUUAACAUUCGCUCGCACCCACGCAUACAGAAUUACAGACGCAGCGCAGCCGAAGCGGAGUGCUCAAGUGCUCUCGGGGCGAGGGACCUUGCGCGAGCCACCCCGAGGAGUUACUCUCCAACACCUUGGUCAUUGGUGGCGCACCAGAUACAGUCAGAUACCAACGAGCGAGCGAGCAGGUGAUUCUCGCGAGAAGGUGACGAUACAUUAUACCGGGUUCGCGUUCGCAAGGAGGAAUCAAGGAUUUUCUUCAGGGAGAAUUAAGGGAAGUCCCCUCCCAGCAAGAAGUGAAAAAGAGAGAGAGAGAGAGAGGAAGAGGGAGCCCCGAACUUGUCGUCGCAGCAGCAAUAGAGCAAAGAAGAUAAAGGAGCGCCUGUCUGUAACUUGUAAACGUAUUCGCGAAGCCAGGAUGGUACGGAGAUUCUGCAACGGUGCGGUUGCACUUGGCAUCGCCCUGACGGCCUGCGCCGCUUUUCCGCGCGCCGUCAUGGCGAUCGACCUUAGCCGCUUCUACGGUCAUUUCAACACGAAACGUUCGGAGGCUUGCCAUCCGUACGAACCGUUUAAGUGUCCAGGCGAUGGUAUCUGCAUCUCGAUACAGUAUCUCUGCGACGGAGCACCCGACUGUCAGGACGGAUACGACGAGGACUCAAGAUUGUGUACCGCAGCCAAACGACCGCCCGUAGAGGAAACUGCGAGUUUUUUGCAGUCUCUGUUAGCCAGCCACGGUCCCAAUUACCUAGAGAAGUUGUUCGGAACCAAAGCACGCGAUACGCUAAAACCUCUCGGUGGUGUGGAAAAAGUGGCCAUCGCGCUGUCGGAAUCGCAAACGAUCGAGGACUUUGGCGCAGCGCUACACCUGAUGCGCUCGGAUCUCGAGCACCUGCGUUCAGUUUUCAUGGCGGUGGAGAACGGCGACCUGGGCAUGCUGAAAUCUAUCGGUAUCAAGGACUCCGAGCUGGGCGACGUCAAGUUCUUCCUCGAGAAACUCGUUAAGACGGGCUUCCUUGAUUGAACGGUCACACUCGCCGCCGAACCGCCGUCGUCGCCGCCGCCGCCGCCGCCGUCGUCGCCGUUGCCGUCGUCAUCGUCGUCGUUGUCGACGAGGAACCGUCAUCGUCGUCGCCGCCGUCGUAUCGCCGCCGGUGUCGCGUCACCGUCGUCGCAUCAGCAGACCCUUCGUUUGAUAAAGCCUAAAUCAUCCUUUCCGCGGGCACUUCUAUCUUUCCUUCGUCGCGAGUUCUUACGCGCAGGAUGUAGCCUGUCAUUUUUCUUUCCUUUCUUAUCCUUUUCGAAUCUCUUACUCUCGCUUCAACGCGCCGAGCGCGAUCACGAGCACCGAGAUGAUGAUCGAGACCCGUGUACAAGGGAGCGAAUUUCGAAUCUUCUACAUGACGAACAAUCAGACGGAUUUCCAUUUCGUGUAUCUCGUAACUCUAUUACGUUUGGAUAAUUUUAUUACACAGGUCAAACGUAUUGUUGAUCCGCUUGGAGAAAGUGUAAUAAUCAGAACGUGAUUGAUAUAAUUAAUGUACUCGGAAAAUUUAAUUAUGCCUCUAUUUGGAUUUGAACCGUUGUCAUUAAGAAAAACAUAAUUAAAUGACUGAAAAGCGUAUUAAAGUUCUCUGAACGAUCUCUGCGAUUUAAUAUAAUAUUAUCUUUUAAC